GUCAAAACGUGAACAUUCUUCUCUUUUAGAGCUAAGUUUUUUUGCAGAUUAUUCUCUCUGAUUUCUGCUGCUAAGCAUUGCUUAAUAACAGAUGAAGCCUCAAUAUGUUCCUCUGGAUAAGUUAACUCCUAAGAACAAAAGGUACAAGAUUAAGGUUAAGGUUAAGGAAAAGUCCCCAGCAAAGUAUCCAGAGAAUAAAAAAGCUUAUCAAAAACUUGUUUUUGAGGAUGAUCAGGGCAACAGAAUAAGGGGAACUCUGUUUGAUGAUAAAAUUGAGAAUUUUGAAGGUAUAUUAGAACAUGAGAAAGAAUAUGUGAUAGCAGAUGGACCAAUCAGAAACACCAAUCCAAUGUACCGCCAUAAAGAAGAUAUUCUUGGAGUUGUGAUUUAUUUGGAAGACACACGAAGGAAGAAAACUAACAACGGCUAUGAAUUUGAUGUGCGUGAUGUUGUAGUUGUUGAUGAUAGUAUUCAGAAGCUUGGAGAUGGACUUGUGAUUUCUUUGUGUGGUGAGCUUGCAACUAAAGAAUGUGCAAAACUGACUGCUUGGUGUGAAUCUUUCAUUAUUGUCAGCUUUCGACAUUUGCAACCAGCUCAGCACACUGGAUUCUCAUUGGCUUCAUCUAUGUCAACAACAAUUGAUACCAACCCCACUGGUCCAGAAGUUGAUGCACUCAAGGCUUGGAUUCCGGAGAAUGAAGAUCGCAUUUCUGAUCACAUGGGUCAUCAGCUAACUCUUAGGGAAGGUGGCAGCUCUAAUGUUAUAAUGACUAUUAAAGAUCUUAAUAACAAAAAGUCAACUACAACCACAGCAUAUGAGCGCCAUUGGCUCCAAGUUACCAUUCCAAAUGCUAAGAAAGAGGAUGUGAAUGCUCACAUUGGAUGUAAUGGAUGUGGAAAGCACUGUCCUAAUGUUGAAACUUUCAAGUUUUACUGUGAUGUAUGCAAGGCUCAAUGCAUUGCAGAAAAGAGAGUGAGUGUUAGCUUCACUGCAGCUGAUGACACUGGUAGUAUUCGUUUAACUGCAUAUGGAAAGCAGUGUGAGACAUUGCUAGGUCUGAAAGACACGGAGCUUAUACAGAAAAAGAUAACAGACUGGCCUGAAUUCGAAGACAUAGCUUCUCAAUUAAAAGAAAAGCCCUUUAAGCUUGAAGUAGGGCCUACUGGUGCAAUCAAGAGAAUUGGCUACUUGAAAUGGGUCGUAAAGUCUGUUGUGCGUGAGUAA